CCGAACGGAAUCGAUACAAUACUGUCACUUGGUCUUGGUGCAAUUAAUCCUGUUACUUUCAUCAGCUGGGAGAUCCCGUACAAGGGCUCAAUAGGAUUGAUUUCGAAUGUUUUGGUAGCCAAUUUUUCACAGGUUGUUCUAUCCUUUCUCUACUUUGCCUACAAUGGCAUAUUUACCUGUAUGUCGCUGGCAUCCGAAUGGAGUCGAUUUGCACUCCAUCGCAAGGGACUCCGCGUGUUUGGAAUACCGAGGGGCGACCAAAGAAGUAGAUACUUCCUACAAUUGCCUUAUCGAUUUGCAGUACUGUUGAUGGUUUUGUCAGGAAUUUUACAUGUAUAUAUUAUUACCAUGUUCCCAGUUUUCAGCUUCUUUAAUCUGCAAUGCCUCCACCGAAAAAUACAACGAAGACUACCGGCUACAGGAUCUGACUCGAUAUUUCUUUCUAGUGGCUUGUCUCUGAGAGUAUAUUUCUGGUAACAGUCGACGGGUACGUUCGAACGAGAGAUGGAAAUGGUGUAAGAACCUCGUACGUCGACUUUAUGACCUGCGGCUACUCCCCGAUAGCAACGAUAGCAGUGAUCGUAGUUGGAGUGAUCAUGGUAGCCGCAGCUAUCGUCACCUCCCGAUUCAAAUUGAAAUCGGGAAUGCCUAUUGCUGGAAGUUGUAGUGCUGCAAUUUCUGCUGCUUGUCAUCCCUGGGAGGAAGUUGAGAAUGGGAAAAUGGCAAUUUCAAAGCUUCGCUGGGGUUCUUUGGCUACUGAGGGCGAAAUUGGACAUUGUUCCUUCACGAGUGAGGAGGUUACUCAGCCGGAGGAUGGAAAAUUAUACGCGGGGCUU